GAGAAAAAAUUUCUUCAUUUCCCCUUAAGCCCACGAACACUCUCUCUUUCUCUCUCACCAAAACAUCCAAAUCGAGAAACCCAAAUUCGACCAAAAAAAAGAGAAACAUACGUUAGUGCGAGAAAGAAAAAGAACAAGAAUCUGAAGAAAGAAAACACUGAAAACUAUUUCCCCAAAUUCAACAUGACACAAAAACCCUAACCAACAAAAUUCACAAUUUUUCUUCAAUCAGAAAAAUCUCUCCCUAAAAAACCCUAAUUUUCCUCGAUCGAAUUAGGGUUCCUUCAAUAGAAUGGACGACAUGGAAGACGACGCUAGGUACCCAUCAAAGGGAUACCCAUUGAGACGCAAAAACCCUAAUCUUCGUCAAAAACACCCAAUUCGUAACUUACAAUAUCAUCGCUACGACGAUCCCGAAGACAACAACAUCGACGAUGAAUACGAAGAUGAAGAACCCGUAGAAUUCGACGAUUACAGCAUAGGUGAAAACGGAAUUGAAAAUGGGUACGUUGGUAAUUUUGAAGGAAACGAAGGGUUCAUUAGGAAGAAGAGAAAAUUACGAAGCGGUGGUAGUGGUGGUGGUGGUGGUGGUUCUUCUGUUUCAAACUAUGAAUUGGUUCCACGUGGCAAAUUCUCAUACGUUAAUCGCGGUGGUGGUGGUUCUGGUGGUGGGGGUUCUUCUUCUGGUUCUGAGGAAUGGACAGAACAUGCGACUUUUGUGUUGUUGGAGAUUUGGGGGGAAAAGUUUCUUCAAAUUGGGAGAAACAGUUUGAGAUCGGAGGAAUGGCAUGAGGUUUCUGAGAAAGUUUCGGAAGAGUUAAAAGUCGAACGGGACGUUUCACAGUGUAGAAGUGUUUUGGAUAAGGUGAAAAGAAGGUACAAGAAAGAGAAAAGUAGAAUGGAUGAAAUGGGUUUGGGUGUGAAUUCUUGCAAGUGGCCAUUUUUCAAGAGGAUGGAUAUGUUGAUGUCUUCCUCUGCAAGACAAGAGUAUGGACUUGCUUGUGGUGUUGAUUCCGGCGAGUAUGUGUUUAUGAAUACAAGGGUUUAUUUGAAUAGGUCUAAUGGUUUUGAUGAAAUGAUGGAUAGUCCUGGUGAGUCCGAGACUUCUGAGGAUGAUCAUGAAGACGAUGAUUUCGAUGGCGAUGAUGAUGAGGAGGAAGACGAGGUGGAUAAGGAAGAGGAGGAGGCUUCAUAUCGGGUGUUGGCUGAUUCUAUUCAGAAGUUUGGGAAGAUAUACGAGAAGAUUGAGAAUACGAAGAGGCAACAGAUGAUGGAGUUGGAGAAGAUGAGGGUGGAUUUUAAUAGGGAGUUGGAGUUGCAGAAGAAGCAGAUUUUGGAAAGGGCUCAGGAUGAAAUAUCGAAAAUACAGGUAGGAGAUGAUGGCGAUGAUGAAGAUGAGGACACUGAUACUUCUGCAGAUAAUCUCAGUGAAUAAUGUAGAAUCAAACUUGUUAGCAUAUCUCUAGAGUGGUAGAUAGUUCUCAUGAUGAAGAAGCUAUACUUUGGACUUAACUCUUAAGGUCAAUCCACUACAUGUUAUUUUGUGUUUAGUACUUGAUAGGAACAUAUCAAUUGAGUUAGAUUUGAACAACCUUGAACAUGAUUUGAUUAUUGUUCUUGAUAAUAUUUGUAGUGACUUACAUUUUUUUUUAGAUAAUGCAAGAAUGGUUGCAAAUUUCUUUAAA